AUGGAGAAGAGUUCGGAAACCGUCCACAUAGAAUCGAAGCGGAAUCAGAACACGGACAACGCGGCCCAUGCUGUCCAAUCUGAACGUCAUAUGGGCUUUCUGGAGGCCAUCCGCCUCUAUCCCAUGGCAGUCUUCUGGUCAGUAGGCCUCUCUACGGCGGUGAUCAUGGAAGGAUAUGCGGUCAUGCUGCUAUCCAGCUUCUACGCACUUCCCCAGUUCAAUCGCAAAUAUGGCCAGCUCCAGCCCGAUGGCACCUACGUUAUCUCCGCCUCUUGGAAAUCCGCUCUUUCCAACGGGGCUGUUGUGGGCGAAAUCAUUGGCCUGUUCUUCACGGGCAUCGCUCAAGACCGUUUCGGCUACCGUCUGACAAUAUUCGGAGCACUAUGCCUGGUCACUGGGUUCAUCUUCAUUUUAUUCUUCGCGCAAAACGUCAAAAUGCUCCUGGCUGGGGAAAUCUUGUGUGGCAUCCCUUGGGGCGCCUUUCAAACCAUCACUGUGGCGUACGCCUCCGAGGUCUGUCCUGUCGCACUACGGGGGUACCUGACCACCUAUGUCAAUCUUUGCUGGGUCAUUGGCCAAUUCAUCGUUUCUGGUGUGCUGAGAGGUGUACUCGAUAGGCCAGACCAAUGGGCGUACCGGAUCCCAUUCGCGGUGCAAUGGGCCUGGCCCAUCCCUUUGAUGAUAAUGUGUCUAUUGGCUCCGGAGUCUCCAUGGUGGCUUGUCCGCCAUGGUCGGCAAGAGGAAGCGCGCCAAAGCCUUGUGCGGUUAAUGAGUCGGUCAAACAAUACUGUCGAUGAUACUUUGGCCAUGAUCCAGCAUACCGAUCACAUCGAAAAAGAAACCUCAGCGGGUACUUCAUACCGGGAGUGUUUUAAGCGAUCGAAUCUGCGACGCACAGAAAUUGUGUGUUUGGUGUGGCUGAUCCAGGUAAUCUGUGGAUCACAACUUAUGGGCUAUUCGACGGUGUUUUAUAUUGCAGCAGGACUUCCUUCAAGCUCUUCGUUCAACAUGUCGCUGAUCCAGUAUGGUCUCGGGGUCAUUGGAACGAUACUCUCUUGGUUUCUCAUGACAUACGUGGGCCGACGAACUCUUUACCUGUACGGGAACAUUGCCCUGUUUUGGGUUCUUCUAGUCAUCGGCUGUGUUUCACUGGCGCCCCAUAGUGCGAGCGUGAACUGGGCCAUUGGGGCACUACUGUCCGUGUUCACAUUCACGUAUGACCUGAUGGUGGGACCGGUCUGUUAUUCACUUGUAUCAGAGCUCUCAUCGACACGAUUGCGCGCGAAGUCGGUGGUUUUGGCCCGAAACCUUUACAACGUUGGAAAUAUAGUGGUUAAUGUGUUGAUCAAUUAUCAGCUUACUUCGACAGCAUGGAAUUGGGGAGCCAAGUCCGCUUUUUUCUGGGCCGGGGUUUGCUUUUGCUGCGUUGUUUGGGUAUUCUUUCGUCUGCCGGAGCCGAAAGGGAGAACAUAUGCAGAGCUUGAUGUUCUUUUUGAAAGACGCGUGUCCGCUCGCAAAUUUGCAUCGACAGAGGUGGAUAUCUUCCAAUCAACCAUUGUUACCAAGUGA